GCUACUUUUGUCUUUCCGCGCAUCAGACAGCAUGUGCUGUGAACAAUCAUUUCUUUUUUUGUCUGGCUGAUCUGGCUCUCAGCCAUCCGGUUUACAGUCCAGUCAAAGUCGAGUCGAGACUUUGUUAGUCAAGUCUUCCGGUGGUAUCCACCCCCUAAUUAUUUCAUGUAAAAAAACUAAAAACAAAACUAGGAGUUACAGAAGAUACGCACAGGAAAUUGCAAUGAUUUCAACAACUGUUUUAAUAUUUGUCGUCAUCUCUUUCAGAAAAUAAGGCAUCCGCGAUUUGUUUACAAAUGAUAUCAUACUCAUUAACAAUUUUUCUAAUGCAAUUAAAAUAAUGGAAGAAGAAUGCCUAGAUGCAACAUAAAACGGACAGUGUUUUCUCUACUCCUGAUUGGAUUCGCUUUCUUUCUGAUACUCUCUUGUCGAACAAGUAAUUUUCUCACUCAAGAUCCAUGGAAGCUAAAAAAAGAAAAGGAUGUCAAACUUGUCGCACCAAUCAACGAAAUCUCAAAUAAUCAAUCAUUCCACGUCAAGCCAGUCAUUAAAUUACCCCACAAAAAUCUUUUAACUUCAAACAAUCCCAGCCUUAAUCAUCAAUUGCACUUCCAGAAUUCAACUUUCAUUUGUGGGAAAGGUGGUAUUUUGACAGUCAAAUCUGGAGGCCGCCUAGGAAAUCUUAUGGGAGAAUAUGCCACACUGUGGGCAUUAGCUAAGAGAGAUGGCCUUUUCCCCAUUUUGCAGCAUCGAACUUAUACCACAUUGACCAAAUACUUCCUUGAAACUUCAAUUCCCACAAUUGUCAACCUAAAUUGUUCACUCGUGUGGAACUCUAUGAAUUUACAUGUCUACAACAAAUUGAACAAGGGUGAGCGCUCGAAAAUUGCUGAAGAAGGCAUCUACAUUGAUGGUUAUCCUACAUCGGUGUCUCUUUUUCAUCGUCAUCGGAAUGAAAUCAUGAAGGAAUUUCGAUUUAAGAAGCAGUUCGUUGAACGAGCACAAGCAGAAUUAUAUCGACUCAGAGAAAAUCGCCAAAACGUUGUUUUUGUAGGAGUGCACGUCCGCCGAACAGAUUACAGCCAGUUCCUAAAAGGGCGUUUCCAAGCGCAACUAGUCGGAGAAGUCUACUUCACACGUGCCAUGGAUUAUUUUCGAAAAAAGUUUCCUUCAAGCUUGUUUGUCGUCGCCAGCGAUGAUAUGGAUUGGUGUCGAAGUCAUCUGAAACCGAUCAACAACGAUGUCGUAUUCGCUGGGAACCGAAAUACUGAAAAUCCGGCCGAGGAUAUGGCAUUACUAGCAGCCUGCAACCACACCAUCAUAUCCUACGGCAACUUUGGAUUCUGGAGUGCGUAUUUGGGUGGAGGAGAGGUCGUAUUAGCCGGUAACAUCUCUAGUGUCCCGACAGAACUUCAACAUUCCAUUCGUUCAGCUAAUAUCUCCAAUUGGCAAUUCUUUCCUGGAUUCUAAUUUUGCUUGAAUCUUAAUAACAGUUAAAUGUCGCUUGGUGCUCAUUUUAAAGAUUUUUUUCAUUAGCACACGUAUUACUAAUAUCACUAUUCAAUACUCGCAUUGCCUUUAAAUCUGAUGAGACUGUAUGAGAUGAAACGCGUAUACACAACUAAAAUCGAA